AUUCGCCCGACAUUUGCCCCAGGCCCUGCCCGUGACUAUAAGACGUCUACUCACUCCCCACCCUGACUUUUGCCGGAAACCAACUGUAUAUCUUUUACUUGACUUUAAGUCCCCUGUUCGUCGUCGUCGCGAAACAUGGCGUACGUUGCCACACGCGGAGGACCGGGCACAUCUGCACCGUCGGACGGGUCGCGCACGAUAGUGAUACAUGACGCUCAGCCUCGACCUGGUAGCGGCGGAGGAGACGCCGGGGACGUCGGCGAUGGGUCGGGAGUGGUGGGGACGCUCAGGCUCAGGGGCGCGCCUCGGAGGCAGAGGGAACGUGUACGGUGGACAGACGACGUAGUGGAUAACGAGCAUAUGGGCAAGAAGAAGUCGAAGAUUUGCUGCAUUUACCAUAAACCCAAGAAAUUCGACGAGUCGUCCUCCGAAGAAUCCUCGUCAGAGUCAGACUCUGAUACUAGCUCUGGGCCUUCACUCGGCCGUUCGUACCGGCAUAACAAUCCCUACUGCCGACACCACCGGCACCCGGAAAGAGAAGACAGCGAGGGGUCGUCGACGAGAGAUCCCAGUGAAGCAUCGACGGUCGUUGUGCAUGACCUUGGAGAACAUGAGAGUGAGGAAGAGGUGAACGCAUAUGAGAGGAUGCCCGCAAAGGGGUCGAGGAAGGGAAAGAUGAAGGCGGAGGGGAACUAGGCGCGAUUGCUUCUUGUAUUUUAGACUCCUGUGUGUAUACGCUAUGCGUUGUACAUGGUAUAUCGCUGGUAUUGUACAUUAUGGGUGGAUAGUCUGGACAUUGUACGUAUUGGCUUAUAAUCAGAGAUAAUCGGGGCUUUCGCAAGCCUUGUAUUCUUUGAGGAGCCCCUCCGCCG